UGGUAAAUCGCCGUGCGUACGGCGCGUGUAAACUAACCUACUGCAUUUACAAAACAUUGAAUGUUAUAAUAUUCAUUGUUCAGGAUGAAUUUCGUUGGACGACAGUGUUUGAGGAUCUUGAAGAAUGACUCGACCGCCACAAAGCAUGUGCUUGGUUUUGGCAGAAGUGUCUCCUUCAAGAGCGCCUACUCCUUGGAGAAUUUGUAUCCAAAGAGUAAUUUGACUAUCCACACACCAAAAUUUGUCCCUGAGGAUCCUAAUGCCAAAUUCACUGGAUAUAUUCCAUUAAAAGAAUUAGACAUAACGUUCUCUGGUAGCAGUGGUCCAGGAGGUCAAAAUGUCCAACGAGUUAACACCAAAGUUGAUCUGAGGUUUAACGUGAAAUCUGCCACUUGGAUCGAUGAUGAACUCAAAGAAAAAAUAUUAGAAAAAUACAAAAACAGAAUAAACAAAGAUGGAUACUUGGUGAUUAAAUCAGAAUUAACAAGAUCUCAACAGUUGAAUGUAGCCGAUGCUAUGCAAAAGUUGAGACAAAUGAUUCGUGAUCUCAUUGUUGUACCUGUAGAACCCGAUCUAGUUGCAGCUGAAAAGCAUAGACUAAGACAGAUGAAAGCUGCUCAAGAAAGAGUCUUUACCAAACGAAUGAAUGGAAUGAGGAAAAGAAACAAACAGGCACUUGAUAGAGAUUAGUCAAACACUAAACGUAAAAAAUUUGUAAAUAUCCAUAAAAACGAAGUUACUUUUAAUAGUGUUUAAUAAACAAAUCUUAAUUAUGA